UUAUACUUUGCUAAAGCCCGACGAUAAAUCAAGAUGGCGGCGCCCAUGAGGUUUCAAACACGAGUUGUGGGCUGGAGAAAUAAACGGGAAUUUGAUGAUGUUUACGAUUGUCUGUACAACAGCGAUGUUCAAAGACAACGCGAUGGUCUCGAAAGAAUAAACGCGUGGAAGUGCCGAUUUGCCGAUAAGAUGCCUGUUGCAAUUGAGUGCACAGCCACUCUCUUAGAGGCUACCUUAAUGGAGGAAAAUGAGAGCGAACCAAGUACAUUACAGCUCAUCUAUAGCAUGGCCGUCAUAAGAUUUGUGAACUUAAUAACAGGAUUCCUGCAAAAUAAGGCCCAGGCCCAGCCUGUCGUUGCCAUUGCAAAAGAGAUCAGCCUUCCAGAGUGGUUGGUGGAGCUACGUCACGAGGCGUCACACAAGCACAUGCCCCCGCUUGCCACCCUUCGAAGGGGAGCCGAGACGGGCCUGGCCUGGCUGAAGGAGAUUUUCUGGCAGAAGCAGUGUGGGAGUGCAGCACCCGUACUACCAGAAGGAGAGGAGGAUUCGGCGUAUCCACCGAACGUCAACGGUGUGGAAGAUGAUAUCAAUCAACUGAGUAUUGCUUACCAACAGGCACAGUUCCAGAAUAUUCAGUGUGGUCCUAAUAAUGGUCGCAAUGGAAAUGGCAUUACAGAAAUCUUGUCCAAUUUGGAGCAGUGUCUCGCCGAUCCUGAGGCCGGGUACCUGUUGAUGUCACUUCUCUUGCAAGAUGGCUACCUGGUACCCACCCCAGAGCAGCUUCAAGCUCUGGGUUUGAAAGAAGGCUUUUCAAUCACUAGGGGCAUCAUCUAUAUCCAUCGAGCCCUCUGCCAGUUCUGGAGGCCUCUGAUGGCGCUCUUACAUUCACUGGAGCUCACCCCUCUGUUGCUACAGUCCAUCAUGAGGGAGCUGGGUAAAUUCAGAACCGCAGAGAGCCAAGUGGCUGCCUAUUUGGUGGGAUGGGCGAUGCAAAUCAUAAUGGCAGGCACAAUUGACAGGAAAAUGUUCAGGACAUAUCUUGGGCUUUUCAAGGAUAACCUUCAACUUCCCUGGAAGACACUCUUUGAUCAAUGCAUCCAGCACCCAAAUUGUUUUACGCUCGACCUCUUGCAAUACAUCUUGCCAAACUUGGAUCCCAAAAUGUCAGAGCAAGCACAAACCAACCUGAGGCAGCUGAUGUCCACCUAUCGCAACCUCCUGGAAUCUCAACAGCCAGUUUCAGAAGAGACUGAUGACAACACUGAGGCAGAUAGGAUUUACACUGCAGAGGACAUUCCCAGACCAGAGGGUGAACAUUUGUCAGGCCAGAGCAAAAUUAGUGUUGAACAAGUGGACAUUUCAGAAGAAAAUCAGAUGGAAGUUAUAGAAGGCAGUACUCCUUCGAGUUUUGUUCUCCGGGAAAAAGAUAAUUUUCAACCUUGGACUAAGAGUACAGCUCAGGUUGAUUGGUCCGAAUUUCCCAUCGGGUCGUUACCCGGGCAACCGGAUGACCCCAACUUCCUGGUGCUCGACAUCCCACGAAGCAACAGCAGUAAAACAGAGCCCAAGUCUAAGACUUCACCAGUGCUUAAACACGAAGAACUUUUAUCACCAGUGUUAGAAAUGGAAACCAAUUCCGCAGACGAAAGGAAAACACCCGAUGUUCAAACAGAGAGACACUUAUGGACAAAGAGCCAGCUGGAAAUCGUCAAGUAUAAGCUUCAAGUUUUCAAUCCUCCAGCAACCAAAGCGGCCAGAGGUAGCCAGAACUGAUGUGCCUGACAGCCAGCAUUUUCAGGAUAUAUUUAUACAUUUUUUAAACUCAUGCUAUCAUUGUCAUUUCGCCAUGGACACCACAAACUUACACUCGGUUGCAUGUGAAUUCCCGGCACACGCGCGUAUUUUACAGAACUGCGUUAUUUUCGUUUUCACGUACUAACACCCGGCACAUUGCGGCACUGCAUGCACGCAUUCGGUACAGUUUCAUUUUCACAAACUAACACUGAUCUUAACUUCACCAGUAAAAAAGUUUAUAAUUAAUUUUUUUUGUAAGCCUACAAGUAUGUGGGUGGAUUAACUUCGUGUCAAACUUUUCAAAGCGUUUUUUUCUCCGAAUUGUAUUUCCACAAUAUGCUUGAGUGUUAGUUCGUGAAAACCAAAAUCAUUCUUUUUCGUGUCACCUUCCAAAAAAAGAUUAUUUUAUGUAUUCUCAAGUUGUGAACAACAUUUCCACUUCAAAAUAUCAAUGGAUGUUCCUGUUAAUGUGUUAUGAAGAGCAUCACAAGGGGCUAAGACAUUUCUGCCAAUGCACAGGAGUCAUCUACAAAUUUUUAAUAAGAAUAUGAUCCUGCCAGAAAGAGGUCGCCACAACAUUUUUUUUUUCUGAAGAAAUAUAGUUUCUGAAUAAAAAUGUAAUUUUGUGGACCACUUGAAAAAAAGAAAAGUGUGUGAGCGUUUUGAUGCAUAUGAAAUAAAAGAGAGGAUUUUAUUUCAUGAA